UCGGUACCUAGGUACUAUCUCCGUGCCUCAUCAAAGUACGUAUCGUCAUCACGUGACUGCCGAAAUUCCGCGACUUUUUCGAGCCCACUGCGGCCCCCGGCAACCGCAAAGUACCUCCGACAGGAAACACGCUCGCGACCGUUCCAACGUGAUCCGCUCGCCAGUGGGCUUCGACACGCUACCAACCAACCCCCUCCUCCGGGCUUCUACAACGCGAGACUUUUUACAAUGCAACCUCAGUAUCGCAACUUCGCGCAGCAGCAGGUGCCGCAGCGAUCUCCGCAUGCGCAAAAUCAACGACGCGGUGGUAUAGGUCCAAUGAUGUCCUCAGGCCCCCAUCCCUCGGCCCCCUUGUCCCAGGCACAGAUGGCACAGCAACAACAGGCGCAGGCGCACGCAAACGAGCUGGCGAAGCGCCGCAGCCGCAAACCUACGGACAAAAAUAUGCCCGACGGCGUUGAGGACAGCAUCGUCGACCCCGACAGCGUCCAGCGAUACAAAGACCUUAGAGAGAUAGAGCGGGUGCUAGAUGCUACGACGACGCGAAAGCGACUGGAUAUCUCCGAAGGCGUGAAUCGGAGCCACAAUAAGCUCAAGAAGACGCUAAGGAUAUGGAUCACGAAUACUGUCGAGGAUCAGGUCUGGCAAGGCAACGGGCUGAACGUCGACGCGUUCGAUUUCACUCCGAACAUGGAGGCUUCCUACAGGGUCAAGAUCGAGGGCCGUUUGCUCGAUAACAAUGACGAAACCGAGGAAGAACGCUUUGCACCGGAACCGGGCUCGGCUGUCCAGGACAGCACUGACCAAAUGGACCAUGAUUCGGACAAAAAGAAACGGGACUCGGCGACCGCCAAUGCGGUCAAGCACCGGUUUUCGCAUUUCUUCAAGACAAUCACUGUCGAUUUUGACCGCUCGAGGUUUCGAAACGGUGCCGAACAAACGGUCGAAUGGAAGAAGCCAGAGACUGGCCCCAAGUCCCACCCCUCUGGUGCUUCCUCCCCAGCCACGGACUUCGAUGAGCUUGUUUUCAAACGAAAUGGGGACGAAAACACAAACAUUACCAUCAACCUCUUUCGGCAAGAAUUGCCAGAGCGAUUUUUGCUCAGCCCAGAGUUGGCGGAAGUUGUUGACAUGUCUGAGGCGACGCAACAAGAAGCAGUCAUGGCGCUGUGGGAGUACAUCCGGUUCUGGGGUCUUCAGGAAGACGAAGAGAAGCGCAACUUUCGCUGCGACGAGCUUCUGAAAAAGGUUGUUGGUCGGGGAGACGUCGGUUAUAUUCCCAUGCUCAACGAAUACGUCACCCAGCACCUUCGAACCUUACCCCCAAUAAGCUUGCCCUACACGAUCCGAGUAGACGAGGAGUUCCACCGAGAUCCGCAGCCGACGAUCUACGACGUGCAAGUUCUUGUAGACGACCCGCUACGUGGUGAACUCCAGCCGCUGAUUAAUAACGCCAAGUACGCCACCAUGCUGAAGGACGUCAGCGCUUUAGACGAGCAGCUGGCGAAGCUCAUCCAGAACAUAUCCGAGUCCAAGGCCAAGCACUCGUUUUUCACCGCUCUAAGCGACGAUCCCGCGUCCUUUGUCAGGAACUGGCUUAGCUCCCAGAAUCGCGACUUGGAAAUCAUCAUGGGUGAAGCAUCCCGAGGUACGGGCGAAGCUAUUCACGGCGAUGAGUGGCGAAGAAGCGGCACCGGGAGCGUGUGGGCGACCCCAAAUGCGCGAGAGAGCGUCAAUGUCUUGUUGGCGCGACAGCGGUAAGUCAUGUCAGGCUUCAGACCAUAUAUGUCGGGCUUGGCGGAUCUUGUGGCAGAAGCGACGAGAGGAUAGCAUUGAGGACAGUUUGUUUCACGGGUUGGCGCACUUGAUUAGGAUGAGGCGUUGACAUUCCUAGAGUAGGACAGGGCAUUUGAUUCAAUCCGAUAAGGACUGGGAAUUCUGAGGCACAUCAUGAAUUUAGACCUCGACUGGACCCAUCGCUUUUCCUCUCAACCUGCAAAUGAUGCACGCACUGCAGCCCACCUCGGGGCAUACGGGGGCUCUGACGCAGUCGGCAGUUCAGGAACGAUUGACCUCCGAACAUUCGGGCUGAAACUUGUUCAUUAUCGGAGG